AUGUGGGAUAACUUUCAGGCGAGAAGAUCUACAAGUAACCUUUCAAAGCACAUUAGAAAUUUGCACCCCGCCCAAUACCGGUCUUAUAAGGCCGAUAAAUCUAAGCAGCGUUCGAUUGAAGCGUCAGGUCUAAAAUCCCGCUCACUGCCCUGGCCUAAAAAUUUCACUCGCGAGUGUCAACAUAGUCCUGGCUCUGUCUGGACCAUUGGCCUUUUGACAGUUAAUUUGCUGCUUUUGAGCCUCCUUGAAGAUCCAGUUUGGAGACGGAUGAAAGAUGUAGGUUCGAAUACGACCUUAAUUCAUUCUCGUAACACGGUGAACUCUAAACUUGAACUGUAUACAGAAUGGUUUGACGAGGCGCUGAAGACCGCUAUGGAGCAUACAGACUUCAUUAACAUAGAGCUUGAUGUUUGCUCUGGUGCAAACGGUCGAUCUUAUCUUGGUAUAGCUGCCUCAUUUGUCCCGAACUCCUAAAACCAAAAGGUGCUAAACGGCCAGGGAGAGAAUGCCCUCCUCAACAACUGUCAAAUGCCUUUUAACAGCCAUCUUUUGGAAAUUGUCGACUUGAGUGAUUCACGUCAUACCGGUAAACACAUGUUUGAAACUGUGGCCGAUGUAUUGAAGGAAUACAACAUUAUGCACAAAGUUAACACCAUCACCUCUGAAGAUGUUCCUAACAACAUAUCCGCACAUUCUCAUCUCAUUUACGAUUUCUUGAAGUCUGGAAAUCUUGAAGCAUUUAGCAAGACAAAAAAUCUUCAACACAUUCGCUGCGCCAGUCAUAUAUUGAAUGUUCUAUUUCAAAGCGUUGUUGAAAUGUUGCAGAAGGACGAGACCUUCGAAACGGGGUUACAAAAUAUACACAUGCUUGCAACAACGCUCGAGGGUAGCUCAAUUUUGAGGUCUUCACUAGCAAAUGCUGGCUUACCUUUGAUUCCUUUAGCUCCCGAAACACGCUGGUUUUUCAUCUGGAGACAGGUUUCCGCAUACUUGAAUAACUUUGACAAAUACUCAGCUUGGUGUAGUAAGUUGCAGGCGUCUCCAGCACACCAGCAUCUCAACCAAAAAAUCAAAAAAUUAAUCGAUCUUCCCGACGCAACAAUGCACUUGCUGAGAUAUUUUGUCAGUUGUUGUUCCAUUUUCAAGAUUCUCAACGAUUAUCUGCAAGACGACGCCUUGAAUAACCUUCCCAAUGCGGUGACGUUCUAUUACACAAUAAAGGAGUACUUCGAUCUUUGCAGCGUUGCCGAAGUAGAGGUAGUUGAGAAACCACCAGAAGGUUCUUUUGACUUCACUUUAAUCAAUGGGGAGGAGGAAGUGCCCUCAGACAUCAAAGCAUUGGUCCUCAAAGCCGUCCUCUCAGCAAGGCCCAAAUUCGAGGAAUAUUUCCAGAUGUUCUUGAGGAACGACAUCUACUUUGUUGCUGCAUUUUUAGAUCCCAAUUCCAAGUUUGAUUGUUUCAAUGAGCUUUUAAGCGAGAAGGAAGGACAAUAUCACCUUUUGAGGGUAGAGGUUUACGUCAGGCACUACCUUGCACAUUGUGAAUACAAAAGCCCUAAGCCUGUUCCGCCCACUGAUAAGCUAAGGAAGCCUGCGAAGAGCUAUCAAAUCAACAAACUUCCAAGGCUUGAUAGACGUCAAAAGCAGUCCACCCCAACGUAUGCAAUUCAAGGACUCAAGGUGCUUCAAGAGUGGGACAGGUACAAAGCCUAAAGUUCGCUCUCAUCUGCUUUCGCAACUGACGCUGUAAGUUGGUGGUAUUCUAGGCGUUUGAGCUACCCUAAUCUUUUUCCUUUGGCCUUGUCCAUGAUGUACACGAAGCUCAGCAGUUGCGGUAUUGAAAAGACCUUUUCCAUGAGUGGAAAGCUCAUACGAAAAGAACGCAGCCAACUGGGCAGUAGUAACGCUAGGCUCAUUAUGCUCCUAAGAGAUCGUUUUACCAAAUACCGCGUUUUCAACAGUGAACAACCAUUGCCCAAACCGGAGGAAGUUGAUGACAACUCUCGGGCUCUUUCUGAUUCU